AGUGUGUCGGUGUGGGUUCCAACAGCUGAGAUGGGAGUGUAUGCGCAUGCGGUACUCCGCUCGCUCGCAGUGUGUGUAGUGUAUCUGUCAAAGUGUGUGGCGAGGUUGGGUGCCUGCUUCUCGUUCUCCUCCUCCGAAAGGUUUCUUCAUGUUUUGGUGGACCUCUACUGAGAAUAUGAGUGUCUGUGCAUCAUCUUCGGUUGAUUGGUGUUUUAUUUGAGGAGUGAUCAAAUCCGGUCGAAUUGCGUAGAAAAUCUAGUUGUGAUUAUCUCGAAAAAGUAAAGUUGUUUCGAAGAUUAAUUAAGAGAGUGUAUGGUCUUUGGUGUUAUUAUGAGCGACCAACGACGAGCCUUCUGUAUAUGGUGUACUGCUGCUGCUCUGUGGUAGAUCUCGGUUUUAAUUCAGCAAAUCGUCACCAUCCAGAGGAACCCGCAUCAAGUCCAUAGAGAAGGAAGGUAGCCAGCCGAUUCUGGCCUGCUCUGAUUGCAAUCACACAUUUGUGCCAAGUCCAAGUCCAAGUAAGCAACACGCUGCUCUGCGGUCUGUGCUGUGGACCCCGAAGCAACAGUAGUGGCACUUUUGGUAUAUGGUUGCUUGGAUCAGUGAAUCUGUACGCGAAAGGCACGAACAUAGGCGCAUAUUGUGAUAGGGAAGGUAUACGUGAACAUGUAAAGCGCCACUAAAGAAAAUGGUCACAGUCUGACUCGGAGAAUGGGAAAAUGUCAAAAAGGUUUUCUGUGGUGAAGAAAAUUCGAAAGGGAAAAUCAGUUUUACAGAAAGGGGUGCAUACUAGUUCGGAGUGGUGAUCGAUUUCCCGGUCAACAGUUCUAGAUCGAAGUGAACAAGUGAAGAUAUCGUAGAUUUUGGGAACGAAGAAUCAAACGAAGAGGAAGAAGAUGUGGCAAGUUGUGUAGCAAGGAAGGACAGUGAGCAAGACUAUUGAAUCGCAGACAGCUGCAGAAAAUUGAAAUUUAAUUUCAUAUCAAAUAGCGCGAUGUGAAUGUUCAUAAAAAUGGUGACUGACCAGACAUAUUGUCUUGAUGGUGAUUCGAAGAAGGAAAAAUAGGGAAUAGAAAGGUGAGUCAGUGCAUGACGAAGAGAAGGCUAAAGGGAGAACAACAGUGUAGCAGGGUGUAGUAGAUACAGUAGAAAGGGAGAAGGUGGAUGAGCAAAGAGGACAUUGACGACGAAAAGUGGAGUGUGGGGUACCCUCCUACGUACUGGUUUCAGUAGCUUCAGCCUCAGACAAUCUUCAAUCGUUCUCUGCCAUCGAACUCUGUGUGUGCUAACUCUGGAUGAAGAAGCAGUGCUGAGAUAGGCAUAUUGUGAACAAAGUGUCAAAAGUGAUACACUUUCGGUUUCACUCGGAUGAUGUGAAUCGAAAAGAACAUGGCCAACCCGAUAACAAACGAGUUCUAGCUACGUAUUAAGUAAUCUCAAGAAUAGGACUCACCGCCUACUAAGUGAACUUGAAAUCGGAAGGAAAGUGAAGAAGAGUGAAAAUUAGUGUGCCGUGUCGAGGGGUGGGCGGGUCAAGAGUCUAGAAGGGCUUUGAACUAUCAAGAAGGAAGCAAAGUGACAGAGACGAUGACACACUUCCGGAAGCAUCCCGAAGUGAACGUCCUCGGCCACCUGGUCAGCCGGCAGCUGGGUGACAAUGUGGACAACUUUCGGAACAAUCUGUUCCACGAACGGCUCCGGAUCGCUCGGAACCUGUACAAGAAGGACCUGGUGUCGCACUACGGCUGUGUCAAUGCCAUCGAGUUCAGCCAGGAGGGCGAACUGCUCGUCUCCGGCGGAGAUGACCGGCGUGUGCUGUUAUGGCACGUGGACAAAGCCAUCCUCGAUAAGGAAGUCCCAAUUGCCAUGAACAAACAACAUUUGAGUAACAUUUUCUGCCUGGGACUGGACUCGCGCAACCAUCGGAUCUUCUCCGGAGGCAACGAUGACGUGGUCAUCGUUCAUGAUAUUCAAACCCGUGAAUCCGUGGAUGUGUUCCUGCACAGCAAACCGGUGUACGGUCUGUCUAUCGAUCCGACGAACGAUAGCGUCUUCGCGACGGCCGGCGAAGACGGCAAGAUCCUGAUCUUCGACCUGCGGGAUAGUUCGGACGUGAUGUGUGUUUCGCGUUGCCGCUCGCCAUAUCACGCGGUGAUGCACCAUCCCUUCGAUAAGGGAUUCAUUGUGACGGCCAAUGCCAAGGAGGGAGCGGCCCUGUGGGAUCUGCGAUCACCGAAGCUUCCGACCAUUCGGUAUGGUGGAGAGAAUGCCGCCCAGAGCUGUAUGAGUGUGCGGUUCAACAGUUUGGGCACGCAGGUGCUGGCACUGAGGAGACGUCUUCCACCGAUACUUUAUUCGACGGGUUCGGCGGAACCAAUCUGCCAGUUCUACCAUCAGGAUUACUAUAAUUCCUGUACGAUGAAGAGUUGUUGCUUUGCGGGCGAGAGUGAUCAAUACGUGCUGUCGGGGUCGGACGAUUUCAAUCUGUAUGUGUGGCGCGUGACGGAUGCCGAUGUGACUGAUACCGAUCAGUGGGUCGAUCAGAACCAGAUGGUACUGUAUGGGCAUCGGUCGAUUGUGAAUCAGGUUCGCUACAAUCCGCAAAAGUGUCUGAUCGCAUCGUCCGGAGUGGAGAAAAUCGUCAAGCUUUGGACCCCGUUUGAGCUCAACACGUGGCGUGGAAGCUUGACCGAGGAAGCCACCGGACCGGAAAAUCCCCGGGAAGUCUUCACCAACGAGGAGUACAUUUCCCUCAACAUGACCCACGACUACAGUCACCAAUCGACGAUGGAAGACCCCAGGAUGAUGGCGUUUUUCGACUAUCUGGUUCAGCAGGAAAUCGAGGGUUGGAAUACGGAAACCUCAGAUCAGACGUCCGAGCACAGUUCGGAUGAGAACGAAUCGUCUCGUCCGGAUACGACACAAACGUCCGAUACGGAAUCGGUUCAGAACUACAUUCCCCUGAGAGGUCAGGGCUCGAACCGGAGAGGAGAUGUGACCCAGCGGACCAAGUACCGGAACCGGAUUGCGUAUCUCAUCGCCACCAAACGGAACCGGUUGAAACGGUUGGCGUUGAAAACGGCCAAUACUAGGACCCCGAAUCGUCGAACGAUUACCAAGGCCAAGUACGGACUGAGGAAUCAACCGAAGCGGCCAGGAUUGGGGGCGCUUCGGACCACAAGGAAAGGAAUUGGCAAACGGAAUCGACGGCUCAGCACUAGCAAAUACAGCAAGCGUCCGGUAUCCCACGAACAGACUAGCGAUUCAGAGGUUCCCAAAUCGACGAAAAAGCGUCGGCUGCAGAACACGACCAAUCUGAACUUGGCAGCGUACCGGACGUUCCGGCGGAAAUCCAAGGGCACGCCGUCGUCUACUUCGAACACCAGUACCCGGGUGGAGGAAUCCAGCUCGGAUGACGACGACGACGAUGCCGAUGAUAGCGGCCAGCAGCAUCCGGCGGCCAAAAAGCUUAAGCUGAGUAUCGAGGCGUUGAGCAGUUUGCCAUCGACGUCCCGCGGAUUUCCGGGAGCCAGGAGGGGUAGCGGCGAAGUGGGUGGUACUAGUGCAAGUGCGUACAAUAACGGAGCGGGACCGAGUGGGUUGUGCAAUGCCCGGCGGAAUGCUGUGAUCUCUGGAGGGAGUAGUAGCGGAACAUACUCCGCAUUGGAUACGCCUAGCACCAGCACGGGACUGACUGGAAAUGGGAGAAAUCUGCUGUUCCACCUGGCGUCGGCCACCAACGACGAUGACGACGAUUCCGACGACGACCCCUCGAUCCCGGACCGCCCGAUCUCGCCGGACAACAUGCUCCGGGUGAUCACGUCCCCGAUCAACCACUUCGAAGUCCCAUCGAACUCGACCGCGGUCCUGGCCGUGGAUCACAACGAUAACAACAUCCUAGAUCACAGCAACAACAACACCAGCUACGUGAAUCAUAACAACAAUAACAAUAGCAUCAACAGUAAUAACAAUAACAAUAGCAGUAGUACUAGAUCUAGCAUCAUCCUAAUCAAUAGAACCGUAAGCUCCGACACUGCAGUAGUAACCCAGAAUGGCUCCAAUGGAGUCGGUUCGAAGCGAUCCCACCAGGCCCACCAGAGUUCCACACUGGCCAGCAGCACCCAGGACCAGAACGAGUCGUCCUCGUCGUACAACCAGGGCUACGACCACACGUACUCCAGCCGGUCCAACUCGCGGCUGUCCAGUAGCUACGACUACGACUGUUCCUCCAGCAACGACAGCUUCAUGGAUUACUUCAUGAACAAGAAGAAGCUGAUGGCGGCCGGGGCAUCGGGCAAUCCGGACCAGCAACCAGCCGCGGGCGGCUCAGCUUCCGGCCGGAAGUUCCCCGACUACAACCGCGAACUGCUGAACCACACUCCGGACAGUGGUAUCGCGACCGGGCCGUGCAGUUCCGUGUCGACCAACGGGGGACUUCCGUCGGCGGCCAAAUCGAUUCCCGGUGGCACUCCGGAUGGGGCUGGUGCCAGCAGUAGUACCGGCACCAACGGUAACUACCGCUCGCUGAUGGAGGCUCGACCUGGAACUAGUGGACAGGGGACGGCGUCGGCGACGGCAUCCGCCAACGGAAACGGGUUGGUCGAUUUCGGUACCAAGCUGUUCCAGCAAAAGGUGGCCCGGGUUCGGAAAAACUACCGCAAGCACUUCUGUGAUGACUCGGAUAGCGAGUAAGGAGGUUAGGUACUUUAUACAUACAUGCAUACUAUUGAGUGGAUUAUUUUUUGUUUUAUACGUACACCGUCGUUACGUGAUUUUUUAAAAGUAUUUAGAUAGCAUAGUGCGCUCUUUUUUGGUUUAAGAUCUUUUUCUGUGUUAAGAUUUUUUGUUUCUGGUUUGGCACCGUCGAGAUAAACACUUUCGAUUCUUUGCGCCUUACCACAAUUUAAUCUUUUGGAAAUACAUAUCUAUAUCGUUCAUUUACUAUGUUUCGUCUAUCGUUUAUUUUCUUGUUUCAACUAACCUUCAUUCGGCUGGAUAUCGAUAUCAAGUUUUCAAACUAUACUGCAGUAUGCCAUGGGCGAGCUAUUGCAUCAUCACUUCCGUUUUCUUGCUCACAAUGCUCCUGAGCGGUUCGAACUGUCGUGAAAAGGUCUACUAAUCGGUGCGAUUUCGGUGGUCUCGGCUGGUGUUUACCACUAAAAAUUCCUGCAGGAGUU